UAAAUCGAAUUACGAGCGCCACUCUCAGGGUACCUGCGAAAAAAUCUAACCAAUCCUCUUUUUGAGUGUACUGACUUGGUGCGUCAAAUGUCACUGCAAAAUAUAAACAAACAAAAAGUCACAAAUAAAACUUGCAGCAAUGUCGCUUUCGGAAAUUGAUGGAAACUACAAUCCGCUCCAGCCGGAUUCGGAAGGAAGCUACGAAGAAGUUGAGCAUUUGCUCGAAGAGGAGAAGGAGGAGGAAGACGAUACGGGUGCAAUUGAUUACAACCCCUUCUCGGAUGACGAUGAGCAAGAGGAUCUGGCCGAGGAAGAUCCGCAGCCUGUGGCAGAGUGCUCGAAAUCGAAGAGGCCCAGAUGCGAAAAACUCUUCUCCUUCAAUGCUGUGUUCUGUCAAAAGCUGUUCCGGAACCAGCUCAGACCCAAAGAAAAUUCGUCGACCAGAGUCGUUGGGGAUUCGAUUGAGGACGUUAUUGAGUGUCUUUGGGAUACAGGAAAGGAUCUGAUCAAACGGCAAGUUGUCUUCCAAGACAACGUCCCCAAAUGGGCCGUCGAUGAGAAACCUAAAUUCGAUGACGUGGGAAAGUUUUUCCUUUUGCAAGACAUGAAUGCUCGGAAGACUUACGGCAUUGAAAAUCUCACUGCAAGAUUGCUGCAAAGGUGGCGCGACCAAUCGAUAAAGAUUUUUGUUUUCGCGUACUCUCUGGACGUAGAAAACAAGAACCAAUUCAACGAUGUGUUGAAACAUUUAAUCACUCCCAGCAAACCUGACCGUGCAGGGGCAAACUCAAUGCGAGACGAAUCGGCUCUGGCGAACGAGCUGCAAGAGGGACACCCCCACCUAGAAGGCCACUUUAGUUCGUGGUUGCUGUGGGCCAGUGUCAUUCAUGCUGCCCCCGCCCACGAGCAAGAAGGUAUGAAGAUGGCACCGAACCCUCCAGCAACAAUCUCCAAGUAUUUUCGAUGGGUGGGGGUCUCAGAGGCAGCACGCUUAGAUGGUGUGCAUCGAGGGAUGGUUGUGGCCAACACGAUCAACUCCCGGAACUUGCGACAGAUACGAGAGCUCAAAAUGGAAUUUUCUACAGCUAUGGUUGUUCUCCAGGGGGCUUUCAAGAGGCUCGAAGUAAUGGAAGCGGAGGCGGAAGCAAGCAGUGGAAUCGUUUCCGCAAUGGAGACUGUGAUGCAACCGGAGGAGAGUGAAUUAAGCCAGCAAUUGGCCGCCGAAGUCACCAAUUGCUUCGAUGAUCAACAUGCUUAA